GGUCACACUUUAAUUAUCGCCGGCAAAGAAACACAAAUUGUGUUUUUAAUACUUUUGAAAUUCUAGCGUAAAUAUUGUUUACACGCUCUGAUGUCGACCACAAUUAACGCCACAACCUUAGUCCUAGUCUAGAGGUUAAAAAUAAUCCUGAAACCAAAGAACCUGAAGAUCAGUUAGUAGCCGACGGAAUUGCAAUGGGUUCCAACGGCGAAGUAUUAUUGAAUUUCGCAAUGAACUCAGACAGCGUAAAUACCAUCAUAAAUUCCACAGCGGACUUCGCAGAAAUUGUCUUAGACAAUAGUUUAGAGUUUAACAAGACGGUUCCUUUCCAACCGCAGGAUUCGGACGUAGAAAUGGUCUCUGUCAGAUCAGAUGCGGAACCGGAUGUUAACAAAUCAGAUUCCAAAGCAAAUGAUAAAUCAGAUGCCAAAUUAGAUGGUGAAUCUAUAUUAGAGUCAGGAGCCAAACUUCAGGCGGCCCCGGAGGAGGUUUUCGCGAGGAAGGGAUGCCUCAAGAGGACCAUGGAAUGUCCUGCCCCGCCUAAUCCUACUCCCAAAAAGAACUGGAAGCGUAACCUGCGUAUCUUGAUCUCAAAUCUGUACAUCAAAAGCGAGGAUCGUCUUCCGGGAGCAUGUGUUUCCAGGUGUCUUUACAAUACUAGUCUGUGCACGCAAAGACAUCGGUGCUCCGCGCUCCCGGAUGGCCCAAACUUUUCGGCCGUUCAGGCGCUACGAACCACGUUGCACGGCCAGCACUACGAUACAUUCCUGGACAUUCUGGAGAUGAUGGUGAUGCAGGGUGUCUACCCAGGCGAAGGAGUCUUUGACAGACUAAUAGAUAUGGCCAUGAUCCUAAUUGCCAAAGAGAUAAGCGUAAAGGAGCUGGGUGACAUCUACAACAAACUUAUACGCAUCUUCUUUCUUCUGGUCGACGCCUUUCCCCCGUGCUGGACAGCCCUGCGUCCUUACUACUUGAGUUUUCUGGGUGUCUCGAAUCCCGCCUUGCGGGCAACACGUUCAACCGAUUCUACCCAGAAGUUGCAGUUUUACAUUGAUCUUUUAGAGGAAAAUCUAAUGCAUUGCAGCGAUGAAGAGAUACGUGAAAACACCAAAUUCUAUGAAAAGUUUGUGUUUAACUUCUCGGAAGAGGAGGAUGCGAAUAUGUCACAGGAAACGGUCUUUCUGCGACAUGUACAGCAGUAUGACUGGCAGAGUGGGAAGCUUUGUUUGGACGACUUCAAGAGAAUGUCGCCCGCAGUCCGCUUGGCACGGGUCUGUGAUGUCCUGAACAUGCUCACAUGGGUGUUGGAAAUGGAGUUCCUCUCCUGGCUGGAUCAUAACAGGUUGAGGCAGUCGGAGUCGGAGAUGUUUCAGGAGAACUCCAGGUCAUUUGCCUGGAUCGUAUUUGGAAUGUCAGCAGGAACGCGUCUCACCGACAUCGUUAAGCAAAUUAUGAGGCUGUAUGGACAGGCAGUGGAGAAGUCCAUGUACCCAGAACGCCAGAGGAUUCUCCAGCGCCUUGUUUCCCUCAUCGUCGAAGCAAGCAACACGGCCGAUCUAGAGUACGCGGAUAAUGCUGUGAUAUAUCCAAGUAUUGGACCCCAAACCCGUCUGCUCAUCGAAGAGUUCUUCAAGAUUUUUAAAUCACACAAUCGCAAAAAGAUUUCCACCUACCUAAAGACUAUUCCGCAGUUGGACCACCCAUAUCUCCGCUUCGAGUUCACAGACCACUUUUUGAAACUCUUUUUCUUUCCCAAAAAAACUCAUUUUGGACCGGAGAAAGUGGUCGGAGAAUUCAGAGCGCGUCAAUGGAUAAAGUACAACUUGAAAAGUGAGAUUGAGGAUGACGACGACGAGCAGUUGUCUCGUGAGGAUUACCUGGCAUUACUCCUUAGCGCCUUAAAAGACUACGACAAGUGGUUAAAUCUUGGAGGCUUCUGGAAGUAUCUAAGGAGUAAGGAGCUCGUGCAGCCCUUGACUGCGAGGAUCAGUCCUGUGGGAAGGGUUGUGCGCGAGGCGCCGAAGGUGUUCAGGCUGGAUGCGUUGGAUGAGGAGGAACACACCUGGAAGGAGCGCAUGAACACCAAGGUAAUUACAGGUCGGCCAAAGGUGAAUCUGCCGGUGGCCAGAAUCAAUACGGGCAAGAUAUGUGUGCGCUAUGGCGAGGAUGUGCGACAGAUGAGAGUUUUGCGAAAACUUCUUCAAAACAAAGUUCACAAGGAGGUCGAUGUGUCGGAGUGGUUAACCUAUCUAAACAAACUUUCGGGGCUAUGAAUAGUCCAUGCCUCCAGCAGACUCUGUGCCUUCCUCCGUAGUGGGAGGCAUAUGAGUGUCCAAAUAUGAAUAUAUAUCUAAGGCUCAAUUAUGUUUAUGAAAUAUCAUACCGAAAGUUCAAACUUAGUUAUUUUAAGCCUAUAGAAAACAUUAGUGAGUGGAAAAUUUGUUUUUGUUUUGUUUUGCGUUAACUAGUAUUUACCUAAAUGGUUUCAAAUAAAAAUACAUUUGAUUCAUUGCCAU